CCGAAGACAUGACUCCUGCCUGCCUCAAUUGCUCCAUCUCUUCUGGGGAGCUGUCCCCAAAUGGUUCAAGGAGCGCCAUGCUCUGCAAUGGCAGUGAGGUCAAGGGAAACUUUGACCCUGAGGACUUGAACCUGACUGAUGAGGCCCUGAGGCUGAAGUACUUGGGGCCACAGCAGACAGAGCUGUUCAUGCCCAUCUGUGCCACAUAUCUGUUGAUCUUUGUGGUGGGCACUCUGGGCAACGCACUGACCUGCACCGUCAUCCUGCGCCACAAGGCCAUGAACACGCCCACCAACUUCUACCUCUUCAGCCUGGCCGUGUCCGACUUGCUGGUGCUCCUGGUAGGCCUGCCCCUGGAGCUUUACGAGAUGCGGCACAACUACCCAUUCCAGCUGGGCGCCGGUGGCUGCUACUUCCGGACCCUGCUCUUUGAGACUGUCUGCCUCGCUUCCGUGCUCAACGUCACUGCCCUGAGCGUGGAGCGCUAUGUGGCGGUGGUUCACCCGCUCCAAGCCAAGUCUGUGAUGACACGGGCCCAUGUGCGCCGCAUGGUGGGGGCCAUCUGGGUCCUCGCUGUGCUCUUCUCCCUGCCCAACACCAGCCUACACGGCCUCCAGCAGCUGCACGUGCCCUGCCGGGGACUGGUGCCCGACUCGGCUGUGUGUACGCUGGUGCGCCCCCGGGCCUUCUACAGCUUAGUGAUACAGACCACCGCGCUGCUCUUCUUCGGCCUGCCCAUGCUCACCAUCACUGUGCUCUACCUGCUCAUCGGGCUGCGGCUGCGGAGGGAGAGGGAGCUGCUGGAAGAAGGGGCCGAGAGCAGGAAAGCCACGGCGCUUCAGAAGACGGGUCCCAGAAGGCUUCAGCUCCGAGACAGGGCGCGGAGGCAGGUGACCAAGAUGCUGUUCGCACUGGUGGUGGUGUUUGGCAUCUGCUGGGCUCCAUUCCACGCUGACCGCCUCAUGUGGAGCUUGGUGUCGCACUGGACCGAGGGCCUACUCCUGGCCUUCCAGUUUGUGCACGUUGUCUCUGGUGUCUUCUUCUACCUUGGCUCAGCAGCCAAUCCAGUGCUCUACAGCCUCAUGUCCAGUCGCUUCCGGGAGACCUUCCGGCAAGCCCUGGGCCUUGGAACUCAGGGCCGGGGCCGCCGCCACCAACCAUGUCAUGGCUCCCAUAACCUCAGCAGGUUGACCACAGGCAGCACCCUGUGUGACCUGGGCUCCAGGAACAGCAGGGCUGGACCCCUGGCCGAGAAUGCAGAGCCAGCGCGUCAGCAAAUGACAGACCUCUCCUGA